CUCCAGAUCUUCUUCGUCGGUGCACUCAGGAAGGUGUCCUCCAUGGUGUCAUUGUAGUGUGUUGAGGUUGAACACACAGAGAAAGAAGCAAUGUCUGGAUACACGCCGGACGAGAAGCUCCGUGUCGAGCAGAUCGCCAAGCUCCGCAGGCAGUGGCUGAAGGACCAGGAGCUGAGCCCGAGGGAGCCGGUCAUCCCGCAGAAACCCGCCGGCGCCGUCGCUAAAUUCUGGGCUGGCUUUCUGGAGCCCAAGAGCCUGUGGAGGCUUUACACCUACAAAGCAUACACAGCUGGAGUUUUCACAUUAACACGCGUGUUGAUACCUGCCUGGAUUAUCCAUUACUACGUGAAGUAUCAUGUUGCUAAAAAGCCAUAUGGUAUUGUGGAAUUGAAGCCCAAACUGUUCCCAGGUGACACUAUUCUGGAGACAGGGGAAGUUGUUCCAGAUCUCCCUGAGACCCAUGGUCAUCACUGAAGACAAUGUUGAAAGAUUUCUAUAAUUUCCUUAAGUCACUGUCAGAAAAGUAUGUGUAUAUGUUAUUAAAAUAUUACAAACUGG